AUGGGUUGCUUUCUUGCAUGUUUUGGUUCUUCCAAAGACAAAAAACGCAGGAUACAGAGGUACAGGGUUCAGCACCGAGACCAUAGAUAUACAAGUUUCGAGCCUGUUCAAUCUGCAGUCUCUUCUGUAUCGGAGGUUCAGGAAACUCCUAUUAGCCCCGUAUUGGGAGAAGUCCGGGAUAAGCCAGUGGAGCAACUGAGCUUAAAUGCUAGAAAGAAAGUAACUUUUGAUUCUAAUGUCAAAACCUACGAGCAUGUUUCAAGCAACGAGACCUCGGAUCCUUUAUUGGAUACUGAAGAGAGUGGGAAGAAAGAAGAGAGGAAGAUUUUGGAAAAUCCAUGCCAAUCCAAGUCUUCCUCUGACGAUAGUUCGAUCACUUCGAGCUCAGGGUCAUACCCUCCUAAUCAUAGGUACCAGAAUUGCAGGGAUAGUGAUGAUGAAGAUGAACCAUUAGACUCUGAAGACAGUGAUCUUGAUGAUGAAGAUGAGGAUGAUUACUAUGAUGAUGAUGCGGAACUAGAGUACGAAGAUGAAAUUGUAGAAUCGAAUAAAGGGGUUUCUAUACCUCAAAUAAGUACUGAGGAUUUUGAUAGUCCAAUGCCAAUAAAACCAACUGGUUUGAACCACAAUGCACGUGAUAGGAGUGGUUAUGUUCAUUCCGUGCUAAACCCUGUUGAAAAUCUUACACAGUGGAAAGCUGUCAAAGCCAAAGGGACAUCACUAAUGAAGCUUCAGAAAGAGAAUUUCACACUGGAUCAAGAGCCCCGGAUUUCAUUCAGUUCGGAACCAAGUUUAAGCUUCAAAUCCAAAGUUGAUCAACACAAGAAGCAUUCGAAGAAUCCUCACCAAGAAGUGGCAGUUGAUGCUAGCCUCUCAAACUGGUUGGUUUCAUCAGAACAUACACCUGUUAACAAGACUAGCACAAUUGCUUUGGACACUGGCACACCCGAGAAAAGCAUGUCCCACGGAUCAAACUCAGCCAGAAGCCAAGAAGAUAGACCAAUUUUAGGUGCAUUAACUGUUGAAGAGCUCAGACAGUUUUCAGCUUCCUCUUCACCAAGGAAGUCGCCAACUAGAAGUCCCGAUGAGAUGCCGAUAAUAGGGACUGUUGGAACCUACUGGAAUCACUCACCUCCUCCUGCCAAGGGUUCUUUUGGUGCUUCUUCUUACAAAGGAAUACCAAAUACCACCAGCAAAUACAGAGAGGAUAAAAGAGUGAAUUGGCAUUCUACCCCAUUUGAGACAAGGUUGGAAAGGGCUUUGAAUAGAGGGGGUGCUGCUGAAGCUUAG